AUGCCCGGCUAUUGUCUGCCAUGUGCCGACGUGGCCCCUGGCGCGACAGCGACCCUGCUGUUUAAGAAGAAGAAGAAGAAGAAGAAGAAGAAGAAGAAGAAGGGUGCGGGUGAGCUGACCUCUUGCUUUGUUGUUGGACAAAUGCGUGGCCUCUUAUCACCAAAACGCUGUCUGAUAUUUUCCUACAGAGAUUCGAAGACCGUGUUCUCGGCAUCGACAGACGGCGUCCUCAAGGUUUGGACCAUGUCUGUAGAUCCAGGAGACGCGCCAGAACUUAGCGAUGGCAAACUAUCUCCUGAUCUGCUCCGCGAAGGAUGUUCGAUCCACAAUGCCCACUCGGGUGCAAUCAACUGCCUCCAUGUGUCAGUUAAUGGAAAAUUUCUGGCCACUGCUUCGAGAGACAAGACAGCAAAGGUAAAUUUACCCAACGUACUUUUUAAGACUAAGUAG